GUCCUGUCAGGGAGUGAAGUAAGAUCUUCCUGCUGCCCAGGCCCAGCGGAUAAAGGUGCGGCCAGCCAGCCGCGCGCUCCUAGACCCCCGGUGCCCGCCGCCAUGUCCGGCCUCCGCGCGCCGCUCGCCUGGGCCCUCCUCGCCUGCCUCUCCCGCCUCGCGCUCGGGCAGCAAGCUGUCACGCCGGCCUGCUGUGGCCCCAUCGUGCCCCGGCGCGAGUGGAAGGCCCUGGCCUCCGAGUGCGCCCACACCCUGAAGCUGCCGGUGCGCUACGUCGUGGUGUCCCACACGGCCGGCAGCAACUGCGACACGCCGGCCUCCUGCCUGAGGCAGGUGCAGAACGUGCAGCACUACCACGCACGCACGCUGGGCUGGUGCGACGUGGGCUACAACUUCCUGAUCGGAGAAGACGGGCUGGUGUAUGAAGGCCGGGGCUGGGACAUCAAGGGUGACCACUCAGGCACCGCCUGGAACCCCAUGUCCAUCGGCAUCACCUUCAUGGGAAACUACAUGGAGCGGUCCCCGCCACCCAGGGCAAUCCGGGCAGCCCAGAGUCUGCUGGCCUGUGGGGUGGCUAGAGGAUCCCUGAAACCCAACUACGAGGUCAAAGGCCACAGGGAUAUUCAACAGACACUCUCUCCAGGGGACCAGCUCUACGAAAUCAUCCGGAAUUGGCCGCAAUACCGCGAGUGAGGCCCCAUCUCCCGCCCCUCCUGUCCAAAACUCCACAGCCUCGCCCUUCAAUAAAGGUGCAGCUCAAACUGUCC